UUUUAUUCAAUAUUAAUAAUAAAUUUUUAAAUGAUUUCAUAAUAGUAAAGUCACGUGUUGAGUCAUGUUGUGAAAUUGUAAAAGGGUUUAUAUUAAGGAGAUUAAUAAUGAAACGUAAUUUAAUUAAUAUUUCUAAUAAACAAAAAUAUCCUCUUUUAAAUCGUAAUCUUAAAAACAAUUACUACAAGCAAUGCACAUGGAAAAUUGUUCACUCUAAAAGAUGUGGUUCUGGUCUAACCUUAAAGAAUAUGCAUAAAUCGAAUGAAGAUUUAGAAAAUGAUGUUAACGAACAAAAUGAUUCUAAAAUUUCAAAUUCGGUUUUACACGUUUCAUCCAAUAAAAGUCAGGUUUAUAUAGAACAAAAGGAUUUGUCUCAUAUACCUAAAAAUUUUGAACAAAGUUUCUACAACAUUGUAUACCCUCUACAUAAGAGCAAGAAUAAUAAUUACGACGAGAUGAAUAUUUCUGUAAAAAAUAAAACGGUACAAAAAGGAAAUAGUAAUGAAAAUCUAGGAACUGGUGCUAAUACAAGAAUUAAUGAAAGUCUGGAAACUGAUGCUAAUACAAGGAUUAAUGAAAACUUGGAAACUGAUGCUAAUACAAGGAUUAACGAAAUUAACAUACAAAUGCUUCCAAAAUCAUUGCACAAGCAAAUAUUCAAGUCUUCCUAUAAGCAAGAAAAAUUAUCAGAGGAAGAAGUACAAACUAUAAAACAGAAUUUAAGUUUGUAUGGAAUAAAUGUUGAAGAUGCAAAUAGAUUACCAGAGGUAGACAUUAAAUUACCUGAUUUAGAAGGAGAUGAUAUAGAGCAACACUUUUAUAAUAUUGCAGAGGCACAAAUUAAACCUUACGUAAACAUUAUAGAGAAGAUAAUGAAAAAUAUUCCUAAAAUGCCAACUGAGUGGGUGUUACACGAAGGAUGGACCAGAUAUACUCCUAAUGGAGUAGAAUUUGUAGAUUAUCCAUUAGAAGAUGGUAUUAUUUUUGAUGUGGAAGUUUGUAUGAAAGAAGGACAUUUACCAACACUUGCAACUGCAGUAACUAGUGAAGCAUGGUAUGGUUGGGUGUCAAAGUCAUUAACAGAUGGUACAAGUAGAAAUUUUGAAGGUAAACAGUUUACUAUGGAUGAGCUUAUUCCAAUUGAAAGUACACCUGAAGAACAUGGGAAAAAAUUGAGUACUUACCAUAGAAAACCAAAAAUUGUAGUAAGUCACAAUGUAUCAUUUGAUAGAUGUAAGAUUAAGGAACAGUAUUGGUUGAAAAGUACAGGAUUAAGGUUUAUAGAUACAAUGUCUCUUCAUAUAUGUGUAGGUGGAAUCAAUAGUUAUCAAAGAUCAAUUUUGAAUUCUAAAAAAGAUACAGAAGAAAAAUGUAAUUUGCUUAUGCAAACUUCAUUAAACAGUUUGGCAGAAGUUCACAAAUUUUAUUGUGGUAGUGAACUAAACAAGGAAUUUAGAGAUAUAUUUGUAGAUGGGACUUUGGCAGAAAUCAAACAAGACUUUAAUACUCUGAUGACUUAUUGUGCAAAUGAUGUAAUUGCUACUCACAAAGUAUUGGUUCACUUAUUUCCACUUUUUACAAGCAGAUUUCCUCAUCCUGUUACAUUAGCAGGAAUGUUAGAGCUUAGUACGGCAUAUCUACCCAUAAAUUCAAAUUGGCAAAGGUACAUAAAUGAAUCAGAAUCUGUUUUUGAAGAUCUAAACUAUGAGACCAAGUUUAUUCUUUCUAAAAGGGCUAAUGCUGUUUGCGAAUUAAUGCACAAUGAUAAAUAUAAGGAAGAUUUGUGGAUGUGGAGUGAAGAUUGGAGCACACAGGAACUCAAAGUAAAGGGACAGUAUUCAAAACUAAAGAAGAGUUGUAAAGUACAAAGUACAGCAAAUGAAGAGAUGAAUUCUCAAAAGCAUUUAACAAAGGCUGAAGAAGAGGAAGAAGAAGAUAAAGAAGAUCCUUUGGAGAAAGAAUUUGCAUAUCUAAAAGACACAAGAAAAUUUUUUCCUGCAAAAUUACCACAUAUGCCUGGAUAUCCAGCAUGGUACAGAGCACUUUGUUCUAAAAAAAGUGACGUAAAUUGGUUGCCAGGUCCCCAGAAUAUAAGUACAUCUAUGAAAAUUGCUCCAAAACUUCUGAAUCUGACAUGGGAGCAUUAUCCUUUACAUUAUAUCAAAGACAAAGGUUGGGGUAUUUUAGUACCAUAUAGUAAUGAUUUAAAUAUCGAAACUAAAGUGCCUUUAAAACAACUGUUAAAACAGUGUUCUCUACCACAGAUAGAAAAUGAAUCUGAUGGAAACGAAUAUACGAUGUCAAAUCUCAAUGAAGAUGUUACAAAUGAAUUGCACAAAACUGAGUUCUGGCGCAACAAGAAAAAGAAGCCUCAAGUCGAAUUGCAAAACAUUUAUAAAGGUAGUGCACUUUGGUGCAACGUGGAUAUAGAUAAUUGUUGUUACUUUCUGAAAUUGCCACAUAAAAACGGCGCAAAUUAUAACGUUGGUAAUCCUCUUGCUAAAGAUUUUCUGACCAAGUUUUCUGAACAUGUACUUGCCGGUUUGGACGCGAGUGCUGCAGAUAUAUUAAAAAACUCUAGAAUGGUAUCUUACUGGAGGAACAACAGGGACAGAAUUAUGUCACAGUUUACGGUAUGGUUUGAAAAUCAUUAUUUACCAGACAGUGUUAAAAUUACAAAGAAAUCAAUGAAUUACGGCGCAAUUAUACCGUUGUUAGUUGUUUGUGGAACCCUGACCAGGCGAGCCGUAGAUGCUACAUGGAUAACUGCUUCCAACGCCCACGCCGAACGUGUCGGUUCUGAAUUACGAGCCAUAAUACAGGCUCCACCGGGAUACAAUAUCGUUGGCGCAGACGUGGACAGUCAAGAACUAUGGAUUUCAUCGAUAAUAGGAGACGCUCACUAUAAGAAGAUCCAUGGAGCUACGCCCUUCGGUUGGAUGACCCUGAUGGGUACCAAGUCCAACGAAACGGAUAUGCACAGCGUCACUGCCAAAGCCGUUGGAAUAUCCAGGAGUCAGGCUAAGAUCAUUAAUUACGCUAGGAUCUAUGGUUCUGGUCAAAAGUUUGCGGAAACACUUUUGAAACAGUUCAAUCCUUGCAUGACGAACGCGGAGGCUGCAUCUAAAUCUCGAAAAAUGUUUACCAUGACUAAAGGGAAGAAGAUCUAUCGGCUGAAGCCGGAAUUCUUAAACGAACUACUCGACAAAGAGUAUACGUUUUUUCAGGCGUAUCAAAUAUCCAAAAUGUACGGUAAAACUGUACUGGAUAUGUUUGAGAAACCUAAAUGGGUAGGUGGUUCAGAGUCGGCCAUGUUCAACAGGCUGGAGGAAAUAGCAGAGAGCCCUUCUCCUGUUACUCCGUUCUUGGAUUCUCGAUUGACCCGUGCAUUGGAGGGUCACACGAACAACGAGAAAUAUUUACCGACCAAAGUAAAUUGGGUCGUUCAGAGUGGAGCAGUUGAUUUCUUGCAUUUAAUGUUGGUCUCGAUGAAGUGGCUGAUGAAGGAUAACAUAAGGUUUUGUAUGUCGUUCCACGACGAGGUGCGAUACAUGGUACAGUCUCGUUAUAAAUACAACGCCGCUCUUGCUAUGCAUGUAACUAAUCUCUUAACAAGGUCUUUCUGCGCUUCGCGACUCGGCAUGAAAGAUCUCCCCAUGUCGGUAGCAUUCUUCGCUUCCGUGGAAGUAGACACCGUGUUGCGUAAAGAAUCUGAAAAUGAUUGUAUUACACCGUCCAAUCCGCAUGGUUUGAAAAAUGGCUAUGAAAUUCCCGUUGGGGAAAGUUUGGACGUUUGGAAGGCUAUAGAAAAGUCGGGAGGAACUUUAAGAUCAGGAUAUAAAAAGACCACCUGCAAGAUUGUGUCCAAGCAAAAAAAUAAGCCAAAGGAGGCAUCAGUAUCGGGUAAAAUUUAA